UCGUCGUUCAGUGGUACCGCUUCCUUCGUAGCAGGCGUUACGCGCGCGCGUACCUUUGCCAUUCCGUCCGAGAAUUUUCAUUCGUAUACUUUUUCUACACUCCUUGGAAAAAAAAAACUCCAAUCUCUCAUCCUCCUCGUCCGAUUUUCGUCCAUCUCGAAUCUCGUUCCACUCGUCUCGUCACAGCAUCUCCGUUCGUUCCGUUUCUAUCUCUCUCUCUAUCUCUAUCUCUAUCUAUCUCUCUUUAUCUCUCUCCGUCUCCGUCUCUCAGUUGUUCGCUGCCCAACCGUUCGCUGCUCCCCCUUCUCCCUCGAUCCGUCAACGUUUCGUCCGUUUUUUGUCUCCUCCCCCCGCCUCCCCUCCCCCCUCCGCCCCUCAUCCUCGCUCCUGCUAUCUCUCUAGCCUCGAUUCGCGGCUAGAGUUUCGUACCUCGUACAUACAACACGCUGUUUUCGACGCGAAUCGACCGUUUCCGUUCGUGAAAAAUGAGAGAUGCUCGCGAGCCGAGUUGAUCGCGUCCACGCACCGCAAUCCAUCACUGGGAUCGUUGGUGCAAUGCGUUUCGUCGGAUCGUCGAGCGAUAUCCAUGCCCUCUCGUCCCACACGACCGAUAAUAGAUCGAUCAUUGUCCCUUCAUUGGGGGGAUUUAUCCGAGAAGGAGCGAGAUCUCGUACGUACGGAACGCGGAUGGAUGGAUCGGGGAGAGAAUAAGACGAUUCGGUUCGAUCUUAUUGUUCUUGUUUGUUAUAUUAUAUUUGCCCGCGAAUUCGAAAAUUGGGGAACAAGCUGCUCGUUUCUUUCUUUAUCUUAUCUUACCUCGGAUGAUUAAUAGACUCGCGGUAUAUUGUAAUAGACUUCCUCGAAAAUUUUCCUCCCAAUUAUGCGACGAAGGUAUUCAUCGAAAUUAUUCCUCUCAUUCCAGCCCCUCCUCCCCUAGAAUUCGAUCGUUUUAACGGACUCCUCGUGACGUACAGAUACAGUUUCUAGGGGGAAAUUGUGCGACGCAACGCAACGUGGGAAAAAAAAUCUCGUCGUCUUGAAACUUUUGUUUCUUGGAUUUUUUUUUUUACGGCAAAUAUUUCACGAGAAGAGGUAUCAUAUAUCUUUGGUUCAUCCAUGAUUCGGAUGAAUUGGUCGACGCGUUACACUGUCGACGGAGAGAUGCAAGUAUGUUUCGUCCGCAAAUUCUUGGGAGAAGUGGCCCCGCAAUAACGUGAGUGUGGUGUGGAAUGAAAGAAAAAGAAUGCAGCACGGUAGAGGAGGCUAGAUGAGCACCAAUUUUCAGAGAGGUGCAUCGCACGCGAAACGUCCAGCGAUUGUAGGGAAAAAACAAGACGGCGGCGCGUCUCUGAAAGGAAAGAAAAGCGAUAAACACGUGUGCGAAAGAAUACGCGGUCCAUACCUGGCCCGCCAUUUUGGCGGCAUGGUCCUUUGGGCCACUAUACUAUUCCUACAAGGAGCUGGUUUCGUAGGCUCGGUAACAGGUAUUCCUGGCGUUCCGGAAAAUAUAACGGUGAUGUUCCUGAAUCCAACGUCCGUGCGCGUAUCUUGGAGCACGAGUCAGGUCGAACAAGUCGAGAAAUACGACGUCACGUACAAGCCAACGGAUGCCAGGGUGGUGGCGGUGGUCGCGGGGAAUAGCGAGGCGGUCACGUUGAGCGGUCUGAGGGCUGACACGCAAUACCAGCUAGUCGUCACCGCCGUCAGAGGUGGGAAAAAAUUUCGAAGCCGGCCGAUCGUCUUCCGCACGCUUGAGCCGCCGCGAACGUCCCCGCAACAGGAUGCAGCGGUAACCGGCGGCCCUCUUCCACCCCCUCCACCUUCUUCUCAACAGCCGCAAGCUUACAUACAGGUCCGCGGCGUUGAAGUGGGCAUUGUCGUGUUAGUGUUGAUCUUUUGGGCGGGCGCGAUAGCGUUGUUCUUCAAUCGGUGGGGCAAGAUUCGUAUGUUGUUGCCGUAUCAGCCCGAUUACAAGGAACAAUUGAAAGUUCCUGGGACAGGGGUAUGCGCAGCGGCGAACGCCGCGUACACGCAACAUCCCACUCAGCACACUUGCUCUCAGCAUCUGCACUGGUCGAGCCAUCACGUGGACUCGUUGGACAGCGGAGGCGGUUUCGGAUGGGCGAGAACUUCGAGGCCGCGGGUGAACAGCGCCAUCGACGUGGCCGGCUUCCUAUCCCAGGAAUUUUUAAGACGUCACGGUUCCACGUCGAAAUUGUGCCGGAAGGUGCGCAGCGCGGAUAACUUGCCCCUAGCGUCCUCGAAUCGACAAGAUCAACGAAACUCGAAGGAGGAUGGGAUCGACGGGGACAAAGAGUCCUUCCUGAGAUCGACCCAGGAGGAAAAAUCUGAGGAUUUGGAAUCGAAGAGGCACAGCAGCUUGGAGAGUUGUCCCAAGGACAAUCCGGACGUCUCGUUGCUCGAUCCCAAUCAUCAACAACAAUCGUCCAGGGAUUCGCCGGUCACGUGUUCGUCGUCAUUGGUCGGCCGACGUUUCGGUGGAUGGAGAGCUGGUGGGGGAAGUCACGAGUACGUCCGAUGCCCCGUGCGACAACCCGCCUCCAUGGAUGAGAGGUAUUGUCGGCGUUCCGGGGAAACGGAUGCUCGGCCGGCUCGCUAUCAUCAUUACCAUCGAAGGGGGGGGAUAGAGCGACACUCGAAGAGCUGCGACUACGCGCCGAGGCGUACGCCCGAGUCGAGCAUUGAGGUUCAACACUUUGGCCUGCCCAUACUGAGCGUGAGCGAGCCCAGCCCGCCGGACGAGAACGACCGCGUCGACGAUUAUUUGUAGGAUUUGCUUGCCGAGGACUUCCUCAAGGAGCUCCUCGUAUGACCCUACCGCUCGUCCUCCCUCCUCCUCUAAUCUCUUUCUCUCUCUCUCUCUCUCCGUGUGUCCAACGUUUCUCGGGAAAAUAAGGAAAGAAGAUAAUUUCGUUAUUAACAAUUCGAGGGAACGGAGUUGCGAUUAUAUUUUGAACUCGAGAAAGAAAAUCGAGAGUAUUCCAGACGAGAUACAUGUGUAUAUAUAUAUAUAUUUUUCCCCCUCCCUCGUUGAUUCUCCGAUUCGUUGAUUCGCCGGCGAUGGAUCGAUAUUCGUCUCCAAGAUAUCGCGUAAUAGACGUUUCGUGUGACAUUAUUCUCUCUCUCUCUCUCCCACCGUUUCUCUUUCGCUCCUCCGUGUCGACAAGCCAUCUUCUGGCUGCGAAAAGAAAAUAAGGAUGCACGCUUGAAAAUUUGAUUCGUUCGAUUUAAUCUUUUUAGAAUUAUCGAUAGGAGAGGAAGGAAAGAUCGGAAGCGUAUUCACAUAUCCGAUAAUAUUGUAUAAUACGUGGCUCUAAAUUCCGAUAGAUGUUUCAAUUUCUCUUGCUUUCUUUAUCGACACGUAAAAGAAUCGAUCGAUAUCCUAUUUGAGGAUAUUGGCGCUGUUCAAUUUUCAAACAACGGGGUGUGUGUAUAUAUAUAUAUAUAGAGGAAAUAAAUAAAACAAUUUUAAAUAAUUUUUAUGCAUAUCGAGACGUAUCAAUUUUUGAAAUCGAUCAAUAAGAAAAACGUUCCAAAGAGCUUUCAGAAUUUUACGUCGAACUUAUAUAUAUUUAUAUAUACGCGAGAAUUAUGAACGAAUUGUGUUUCCUCCUUUCAAGAAUUUUGCUUUCAUCGCUUUACCGUCGCGGUCGGUAAAAAGGUAUAUGCGCGACUGAGUUCAAUUACGCUUUUUCGCGCGCAUUUUGAACAUCGAAUAUCGAUUAGAUCGAGAAAAUUUAAUUCGAGUAAUUUAUUAUUACAUAUUCAAGCGUAUUUUUGGACCAAAAAUCGGUACGAUACAAAAGGGGGCCAUAAUUUCGACGUUAUGUUUCUUACGACGAUUGUUUCGAAGAAGGAGAUAUAUAUUCUUGUGUUUCGAAAGGGAGAGAACGGAUCGUAAGAAAAAUUAUGAUCGCUUUGCUUCGUUCGAGUCAAUCCUACGUAGAAUAUCGUCAAAUUCGGGGACCAAAUAAAUAGUUAUAAACAUACACGAAUUUAUUGAUAUUCUUUAUUUUUUUUUUUUUUUUUUACUCCCUUCUUUCUAUAUUUCGUUUGCAUCUCUAUUUAAUUCUCAUCGUUCGAAAUCGAAUCGGCGGGCAAAGACGAAAGAAGAAUACAUUAAUUAAGGUUGAUGAAUAAGGGAAGAAUGAUUGAAUUCACUUUCUUUUCUCCAACUUGUUUCUCUUCUUUCCUUUCCUUUUUUCCUUAUAAUAUCUUCGAAUCGAAGCGAAAAAUAAAUAGAACAGUUUCCCGAGCAAAGUUCACGAAUGAUGAGACGAAACGUCGAUCUUAAAUCACUUUUCUCCUAAGCCUAACGACGUCUCUUUCAUCGAAUUGCAUAUCACAUAUCCAAACUUAACGAAGAUAAAAUCGACCAAUCGAAUCAAUUUUAAACGAAGAAAUUACCUAUUGUAUAAAGUUGAAUGCAUGUGUAUAUAUAUAUAUAUAUAUACGUAGAAGGAUGAAAAAAAAAAAUAUGUGAUAUAUCGUAGAGAAAUGUGUUAUUUUUAUUUUUAUUUUUAUUUUAAAAAUCCGCGAAAAUUGAAAAUUGGAUUCGAAUCUCUAUCAUUGUACACAUUGGAUAAUUGAAAUUACCGCUCUCGGCGAGAAUAAUCGAGAAAAAAAGUAGAGAGAAGUUAGUAGCGAUAAUCGAUCGAUUAUCCAGUGUUGUACCGUGAAUACCGUCGCACCGUAUCAAUCCAAACUUGUGUAGAGAUGAAAACUAAAUACGCGAUCACGUCACGUAUGUACGCCUGUAGAUAACGUAUUGUACCAGUUAUAAAAGCGAAUCGAUAACGCAACCUUAACUCUUACGAUCGACACGAUUCUCCUAACCUCUAAUUUUUCUCCUUUUUCCUUUCGAGCGAUCGAGUGUCUGUCCACAUACCUUCCUCCUCCUUUUAAAAAUAUUCUGUGUAAAUAUAAUCGUGAGACAACUCGAACCGUGUUUUUUUCACGCAAAUCGGAUAUAAUGUACGAAUACACGAUAUUUUUAAACGAUCGUUUACAUUGAAUAGGAUAAUUGUUACUCGAUUCUUGAUUCUUCGCUCGAUUCGAGGAGAAAGAAUUGGCCGACGAAUGUGAGAAAAAGAGAAAGAUAAUUUUGCGAUUUCACAUUUCAUCGAGACAGACGAAGAAGAAACGAAUUGAUUCGAACGAAGAAUUAAGCGGUAUGUAUAUGUAUAUAUAUAUAUACAUAGGUUAAGAUAUAAGAAAAUUUUAGAAUCGUCGAAUUCUACAUAAUGUAGAAUUAAAAGACAAACAAAGACUUAUAUAUGUGUAUAUAUAUAUAUAUAUAUUUAUAUGUAUAUUAUAUGUAUCUAUAAAUAUCUCUUAUAAUCGUACGUAGUGAAAGAUAUAAUCGAUGGUUUGUAUUAUAGGUUAUGUUAUUAUUUUUAUUCCGAAAAUGCGCCACUUUUGCCGAGCAAAAAAUUGUUUAAAUAUAUACGAUAAUUUAAGUAAAGUGGGAGGGGAGGGGACUCAUGCUGAGGUUCAUUUAACGGUUAAAAUUGAUUUAUCGAUUUAAUUAUCGAGCGCGUAGAGACAACGAACGAACAAUGCACACACACACACGUAUACACACACAUUACGCAACGCGUUGAUAUUUCUUCGAUUAUUGAAUUACUUUCCCGCUAUAUUCGAAAAUUAUAAAAUAUAUUCUCGAAAUGUGAAAAAGGGGGAAAAUAUCGAAAAUGACGUAUACAACGAAAAUAUAUACGUGUAUAUAUAUAUAGGACAAAAUUGAUGAUAUAACGAUGGAUUAUCGAAUAUUUAAGUAAAAAAAAAAAAAUAAGGUGACAGCAUGAGACCUGUUUCGAGCGAAAAAAAAAAAAAAAAGAGAGAAAGAAGAAUCGAUUACCUCCGAUGUUUAAUAACUAUAGCUUUAAAAAAAGAGACCAAAUAUGUGAAGAGUCAAAUAUUCUCUUACGAAGGGUCAGUUUUAAGAAAUCCCGAAUUAAGCAAUUUUUGAGAAAAAAAAAAAAAAGGAAAAAAAAAAGAAAGAAAGGAAGAAGGAAAAGGAAAAUAUCAGUAGCGAUGUUUCAGAAGCGACUGUAAUAUCUCUCUGUGUAUAUAUAUAUGUAUAUAUAUAUAUGUAUAUGUAUAUAUAUAUACAUAUAUGUAUGUACUUAUUUAGAUUAAAAUUCUGAUCAUGUUGAUCUAAAGCGGAUCAAUAUAUGGUAUAUUGAUAACGAUCAUUUGAUCGACGAAGCAACUUUGACGCAACUUUCCUAUUUAUUAUUUUGCAAAUUGACGUGGGAAACGAGUGAGAAUGAAAAUAAUUAUAUAAAAAAAAAAAAUUGUUAUCUUAAAAGUUCGUAUCUACGACGAUGACCAAUAUUUAAUAUUUAUCGCCAAUAAUAAAUUCCAGUUUAUUAGUUUGACACAUAUACAUAUAUAUAUAUAUGUAUAUAUAUGUAUAUAAAACUGUAUGAAAAUAUAUAUAUCGUUUAUUAAAAUAUCACGACGAAACGAGGAAGAUACGAUUAAAUUUGAUUCGAUUUUUUUUUUGACAAGUUUUAAAAGUUAGAUUUGUAAUAAAAAAUAUAAAAAAGAAUUCAUAUUUCGCAUAUUACGUUACGUUACGUUCGAUUACGAUACUUAUAUAUAACGUUAAAUUUUAUAAACUUUAGGAAGGAAGAACGAACAUUUUUUUACAAUUACGUUACACGCAUAAAGUAACUGUUUGUUUAUUUAAACGUAAAUAAAAUAGAAAUCGUGAUUUUUAUAAUGAUCUCUGAACGAGCAUAUCCGAUAAAAAAUGUAAUUUGUAUUAAAGUACUAUUAACGUUGAUAUUUUUUUUAUAACGAUAAUUUUGUAUAGUAAGAUCUAAGAAUCACGCAAAUUAUUAUUAUACAUAUAUAUAUAAUUUAGCGUAUAAAUACGUAAAAACGAGAAAUAUGAUCUGUUGAUCCCAAAUAUACUAAAUACUUUUCGCUACGUGUAUAUCAAUCCAAUUUCAAUAUUUUUCAUAUCGUUCGAAAAAAUUUUAUUCCUAUCGUAUAUCGAAUAAUUACACCGUCUUUUAACGGUUUCAUCUAUUCCGUUCUUCUUUUUCUUGACAAUAUCAAUAUUAUUGUCGAUACGAAAUAUUCGAUAAAUAGGUAAAGAAAUACCAAUGGAAAUAUCAAUGGAAUACUACUACAUGUAAAUGAAAAAAAAAAAAAAAAAUG